AUGACACCUACCUCCCUUCCGCAUACUACUCGGAGACAAAAUUCUCCGAUUGAAGCCCAACCCUUUCCCUCACCGGCACCUCCUUACGAAGCAAAUGACCCCGCUAAUGUAAAAUUGGAAUACCUCAGCCUCACGGUAACUAAACUUAUCCGCGACGAGUACGCAAACUUAUUUGCUCACAUCUGUUCCAUUCACAAUCAAAAUGUGGCCAUCAUCACAGCUUUGUCAAAACUUAACCCAACUUUAGCUGUCAGAUCUUGGCUUAACAGAGAUGACGUUAUCGCUUACCAUUCCGGCGAAGCAUUCGCUGUCUCUACUUGCGAACCAAUCAAACCUGACAUUGUUCAUUGGAAUCACAAAUACGGAGAUUCGUGCUGGACCGAUGUCCCAGUGGAAUAUAACAACAAAACAUAUUUCGCACCUCUCGGAACCUACGAAUUGCAAUACAACUCUACAAAAAUACCCUGUGAUCAAAUUCCUGUCAAUGUGUACCGACAAGCCGAUGGCACCUGGACUUCUCCCAUCGGACACGCCAAUGUGAUGCAAAUCGACCGAGCGCUAACUCAACUAAACUUCGAUACCUUACCUACCUUUUCAUCCGCAUCAAUCUACCAACCACAAUGGACCAGAUUAGUCGUUUCUACCUCCAUUCUAAACUCCUACGCACACAAAAUUAACCGACUGGAAACUACACUACAAGCUACUCAAGAAAGUGAUACCCCAGAACUCAAACUUGUAUCCGACGGAAGUAGUGAAGGAGCAACUUCAUCUCUAUUAACCAUGGAAGAAGUAAAAGGAUGGAAAGACGCCGUGAUAAACUUUUUCUUCCCAAAUUUGGAUACUUGGGAAGAAAUCACAGUCGCUGUUCUAUCAGUAUUAGCCCUUGGAGUAGCACUAUUCCUCUACGGUCCUUACAUCAGCACUUUUCUCAGACAUGUUAAACGACACCAAAAAUACAACCCAGUCAACGCUGUAGAAAUGCAAGAUGUAUCACCUUCAGCACCAUGCCUCGACCAUGUUUACGUACCUCCAGUCUACUCGAUCCAAACAGGAACUCAACCCAAGAUUAUCGUACACAUCAAAGGCAAACCUGUCGCCGCAUUAGUGGAUAGCGGCUCAGCCAUCACGUACUGCCGACAAUCGCUUGCCAGGAAGCUGCAACUUCCCAUAUCUCCCCUCCAAGCGAUGGCUACUGCACGUGCCGUGAACGACACGACCUUCAAAUUUCUUGGUCAAGUACAAGCUGACGUUUCAUUCCGACAACUAAAACUACAGAUACACAUGUUGGUAUCUGAAGACAACCACUGCCCGUCAGAAUUGUUGAUUGGCACAGAUGCACUUCGGAAAGUUUGUGCCCAAGGACACUCCGUGAAUUUCGAUCUAAACCAAAACACCAUCAACAUUGGAGACGAAAUAUUUCCGUUCGUAUUCAAUCUGGAGACAAACCUCACUACGGAACCCUGCAAAAUUGUACUUAAUCAGGACGAACACCUUCCACCACGCUCAGAUAACUUUAUCGUGGCAAAAACACUCACGACACCUCCAGGAAGGACAGUGCUCAUUGAAGACGCCAUCACAACUAACGAAAUGGUCAAAACAGCAGCAGUAUUAUGUCGUUUGGCUACUCCCAACUACGUCCCCGUAACAAUUAUAAACGCUGGUUACGCCCCAGUAACCCUACGGAAGAAUCAAACAAUUGGAACAUUAUCCGAAGUGCCACAACAACAAUCCUUUCCAAUAAUGUUCGUACAAUCCCCUCAGCAAAUCCACGUACCACCUGAACUGGACUACAUUGAAACUCUUCCCCCGGCAGGAAAACAGCCCAAGCAACAAUUGAACCCGGAUUUGGAAGAUUCGAUAUUAUCCGAAAAUGCAAAGAAGUACCUAACCCGGUUGAUUCAUCGUUACUCUGAUGUCUUCGUUGGAACUGAUGGAAAAAUUGGUCAAUAUACCGGACCUAUUCAACACGAAAUCGAGCUCAUCAACCCGAAGGACAUCCCUCGCAAAAGACCCUAUCGCGUCCAUCUUCCACUCCGAUCCGAAAUUGAACGACAACUCAAACAAUUAUUGGACCAAAAAAUCAUCGAAAAAUCAUCAUCCCCCUUCGCAUCACCAAUCGUAAUGGUAAAGAAGAAAGACGGCACCUACCGUCUUUGCGUCGAUUACCGCCAACUUAACCAAAACACCGUUAAACGUGUUCAACUCCUACCCAACAUCCAAGAGAUCCUUGAUCUUACAGCCGGCCACAAGUAUUUCUCAACCUUGGAUUGCUCUCAAGCCUUCCACCAAGUUACGCUAGCUCCGGGAAGCGUUGAGAAGACCGCAUUCAUCACGCAUAUGGGAUUAUUUCAAUACCUACGAAUGCCUUUUGGAUUAACAGCCGCGCCCGCAACAAUGCAAAGAAUCAUGGAUCACCUAAAAGGAGAACUCACAGCUAAGAUUUUUAUUUAUCUUGAUGAUCUAUGCGUCUCCAGUACAGACGAAAAUGACCAUAUUAGGGACCUCGAGGAAGUUUUUAGCGCACUAAGAUCAAAAGGACUCAAACUAUCACUUAAAAAAUGCUUCUUCGGCAAAAACGAAGUAAAAUAUCUAGGAUUUUUACUUAGCGAAAAAGGGAUACGACCGGACCCUAAAAAUGUAGAAACCGUUGCAAAAUUUCAAAUUCCAAAAACACUAACAGAACUAAGAAGCUUUAUCGGAGCCGUUAGCUAUUUUCGCCGUUUUAUCGAAGGUUUCGCCACUAUAAUGGCACCCCUUUACGAAUUAACAAAACAAGGAGACUCUAUUCCCAGUCGCUGGACCGAAUCCCAAGACAAAGCAUUUAAAGCUGUAAUAGAAGCCCUUAAGAAAGCUCCAACGCUAGCCCCACCACGCCAAGAUAGGCCUUACAUAAUAGAAACAGAUGCCUCGGCAUGGGGUUUAGCAGCAACAUUACUACAGAAAAAUGACCAUGGCUUUCCAAGACCCAUAGCCUACGCUAGCCGGAAACUAAACAAAUUUGAAGCCAAAUAUCCCGCCGUAGAAACCGAAGCAUUAGCAAUAGUAUUCGGACUAAAAGAAUUUAGGCCAUAUAUUGAAGGUCAUAUUCCCACCCUUAUCCGAACAGAUAACAGCGCACUCACAUCACUUUUAAAACGCAAAGAUUUACAGGGAAGAUUAGCUAAAUAUCAACUAGCCAUACAACAGUAUAAUAUUCUAAUAGAACAUAGAUCCGGAAAAUCAAAUUCUUUUGCUGACUACGUUAGCCGUUACCAACCUGUCUCUUUUGUAAAUAUAUUUUACUUAGACCAAAAUACGGUUAAAAACGCUCAACAAACCGAUCCCACCUGCAUAGAAAUUGCGAACGCAAUCAACAACAAAAUUUUUCCGGAACUUACUAAAGGACGUCUUAAAUUAUUCAAACUAAAACUCAAAAAUUUUCGAUUCAUUGAUGAUGUUUUGCAUCAUUACAAAAAAGGGAUUUCCCGCAUUUACAUUCCCAAAGAAUUAAGGACAAAAAUAUUAACUGAUUUCCACGAUGACCACCUUCAAGGAGCUCAUCAAGGUCUACAGAAAAGUAUUGCAAACCUCAAAAAACGCGUAUUCUGGGACGGAAUGGUUCGCGACAUGAAACAAUACAUCAGCUCUUGUCCCCAAUGCCAAAUCAACAAGGUGAACCCCGGAGACAAGACCUUGGCGAAAACCAUCCCCUUUCAACCAGCAUUAUUCCCCUUUCACCGCGUUCAUAUCGACAUCAAAGGACCACUUCCGCAAACUGAAAAUGGAAACCGUUACAUUUUGGUUUCUAUUGACGCGCACACCAAAUACGUCAUGGUCUCCCCGAUGCCAAACCAAGAAACUAAGACUGUCAUCAACGCAUUCAUGGAAAGCGUAAUCACAAAAUUCGGAAUUAUGGAACUCUUAUAUUCCGAUAAUGGCAGCCAGUUCACCGACCAACUUUUCGUGCAGCUAGGAAAACACUAUGGAUUUAAACAUCAAUAUUCCCCGGUAAAUACGCCGCAUCUGAAUGGUCAAGUGGAAAGGGUAAAUAGAACACUAGCCGUCAUGCUCAAAACGGCAGCUGAGGACUACAGUACCCAUUGGGACCUACACUUAUCAAAAAUGGUCUUUGUAUACAACACAUCUCCGCAUGCUACCACCAAGGAGACCCCAUUCUUCCUAAUGCAUGGAUUUGACCCACUACUCCCAAGUGACUUACUUCUUCGCACCUUUUCGCAACGCCGCACAACUUAUGGUGAAACAGACGUGGCCAUGCAACAUAUUAUGGCCAUGAACAACGCCUAUGAACAAGCCGCGCUACAAACCCAGCGAACCAACGAUCCGAUUGACGACUCCGCCCCAAUACCGUCAGCUCCUUCCUCGCAGAAAACAAUCACAAAAAAUGAUCUAAUUUUGAUCAUCGACCCCGCCAAAAAAUCGAAAUUCCAACCCACAUGGAUCGGACCCUUCCGCGUUCUGGAAAGUGGCCGAUCAAUCAUAAAAGCGCGACUCCUAAGUGACCCAAGAAAAACUACAACUACUCACGUGAACAAAUGUAAGCUAUAUUUUACUCGAGAUUCGAGCCCCAUCCUAGGGCAAGAAAGCAGCAUUUAA